ACAGAGGCCUAGCUAGUUGACGCACCUUUCUGUUUUCUACUUGCUUGUUGUGAGGACUGGUCCCAACAGCCGUUCAUCAUCAAACAGACUCUACGAGGAACUUAAUUGAAAUUGGAACAUUUUGAUGAAGGCGAUGAUGAAAAUGUGUACAAUUAUAACGGAGGUCUUUGUAUAAUCCCAGCGCCUCAACCAUCGUCUUCAACAGCACUAAUGUCCUCGAGAGCCAAAUGUCCAUCUCUGACUUGUACGAAUGAGUGUAGCCCACCGACUGUUUGGUGUAGCAAGAAAGAUAGAAAGGUGUUUGUUUUAAUUCCCCUUGGUGUAGCAGGACGUGUUUGUCCCAUAGACAGUAUAUAAGAUUGUUAUAAAUAUAUAAUUAUUCUCGUUUAUAGAGCCAUGGGCGGCUCCUUUAAGAACCCGGCAGCAGCGUAUUGGUUACCAGGACGACAAAUAAUGACAAAACUCUACGGCUCAUCUGUUUGCAGCAGAAGUGUGGGAGUAUCCAAACUUGCAGUAAGAAUUGACUUUCACUUUGAAAGAUAACAACAUAUUCUGUACAGUGCAGGUUAAACAGUGUGUUUUCAGUCACUAGCUAGAUGAGAUAGAGUUUAAAACGAACCUGCUGCUUUUGGACCAACAUUGAUUGAUUGAACAGUAGGCAACGCGACGUUCUGACUACAACAGAAGGUCGCGUGUGGGUUGCCAGAUAAGAUACAAAACUACAGAAAUUCUCGUUAGUUUCAAGCUGCAGCUCUGACGGAACUGGCGCCGCAAUUCAGUCCUCUCUACCAACCGUUUUAACACCUGUUUCCUGGACAUUCAAGACCAUUGAUCUCUUUCAGGAAUAAUCAAAGUAGGCCCUAUGGUGAUGCUUUCUGCAUGAGCAGAGGAACGGACUGUUGAAAGAAAAUGAGCAAAAAUUAUGAAUCAACAAAUGUGUCUGAGGUGGAGGACCACAUUUCUCUGAAGUAUGACAUCAAGAAGAGACUUGGAAAAGGGGCUUAUGGCAUUGUAUGGAAAGCAGUUGACAGACAGACAGGCGAGGUUGUAGCUGUAAAGAAGAUCUUUGAUGCCUUCAGGAACAGGACAGAUGCCCAGCGGACAUUCAGGGAAAUCAUGUUCCUCCAGGAGUUUGGAGAUCAUCCCAACAUCGUCAAACUUCUAAAUGUCGUCAGAGCUCAAAAUGACAAAGACAUUUACCUCAUCUUUGAAUACAUGGAUACCGACCUGCAUGCAGUGAUAAAGAAAGGUACCCUGCUGAAGGACAUCCACAAACGUUAUGUGAUGCACCAGCUCUUCAAAGCUAUCAAAUACCUGCAUUCAGGAAAUGUUAUCCACAGGGACCAAAAGCCAUCCAACGUGCUGCUGGACACCGACUGUGUAGUCAAGCUGUGUGAUUUCGGCUUGGCCAGAUCACUCAACCAGAUCCAAGAGGACAGUGGGAAUCCAGCACUGACGGAGUACGUGGCGACGCGGUGGUACCGAGCUCCUGAGAUCCUGCUGGGAUCCACGAGGUACACUAAAGGCGUGGACAUGUGGAGCCUUGGCUGUAUCUUGGGAGAGAUGCUGCUGGGAAAAGCCCUGUUCCCAGGAACAUCCACCAUAAACCAAAUAGAGAAGAUCAUGAGUGCCAUACCCCACCCCAGCCCAGAAGAUAUUCUCGCAAUCAAGUCUGAAUACGGAUCUUCUGUCAUUCAGAGAAUGUUACUAAAAACACAGGUGCCUUUGGAGGAUCUUCUCCAGCUGUCUGUGCCUCCUGAUGCUCUGGACCUGUUGAAAGGUUUGCUAGUUUUCAACCCAGACAAGCGGCUCACUGCUGAGCAAGCCCUCCAACACCCAUAUGUAGCCAGGUUUCAUAAUCCAGCCAGAGAGCCAGCUCUUAACUAUGAUGUAGUGCUGCCAGUGGAUGACGAUGUACAAUUAUCUGUUGUUCAGUACCGCAACAAACUUUAUGAGAUGAUACUGGAAAGGAGAACUAAUCAGGGGGUGCUAAGGCUGAUCCACCCAAAGGAUGGAGGCUGUGUCAGUAGCAUUGAGAAGCCCCAUGUGAAGGACAAAGUAGAGAAGGACCCAGUGGCAGUGGAUGGGUGUGGUGACCGCGGAGGGAAAACGCAACAUGAAAAGACUAAAGAGACAAACGACGUUCCUUCCAAUACAGGCGUCACCAAACCUGGGCCUGUGAACGUGUCAACCCCACCUGCUGUGGAGAAGACGAGUCCAUUAUCUAGUCCUGGCUUGGGAAAACUCACAUAUAACCCCAUCACACAUGCCCCAAAUGGUUUUGUUCGGAGUCCAGCUGGUCCUCCUAAUUACUACCCCUCCACUGCAGCCAACAGGAAACUAGUGGGACAGAGCAGUAAUGGAGGUGCAGCAACAUCACCAACAGAGGGCACCAAUACUGAUGCAACCAUGGACCAGAUUUUCCGGCGUGGUCGCUCAGCUCCUGUGACCCACAACCGCUCCUUCUCCUUGACCCUUAACCAAACCCAGAACAACCCGUUGGUUCGCCAAGAUGAGCCAUCCCUGUCCUCGGGGCUAUAUGUUACAUCUGCACGCUUGAACCAGCGCUCCACCUCUCAGGUUCGUGAGGCUCUGCCACCGACACGGUUCAGCAAGAAAGUAUUUCAGAGUAACUGUAAUGUGGCUGCUGCAGGCGACCCUCGAGCCAAACUCGGCAGCUAUUCCCAGGCCUAUGGUACCAUCAACAAGACUGAACUGGACAAUCUGCUUCGAAGCCGUCCUUACAACCAGUAACUGCUGACAUGUCACAUGUGUUUCAACACUCAACAAGAUUUGCACAAGUAUGUUAGGCACAAGGAAAACUGAAAGACAACUUGGAAAAAAAAAAAACCUGAAGACUCUUACACCUCUUGUAUACUAUGUAAAUUGUAUCCACGGAGACAUGUCUAUCGCUGUCCGAGUCUGUAAAAAUUCCACUGACUUUAUAUUGCAUUUAUCGAAUUGUACCAGCAAUUCAUGAACAUAUGUAUAUACUGUAUGUGUAGUUGCUUCAAAAAGUUUUAACUCAACAAGGCUGGAUUACCAACCAGGAAAACCCCAGAACUUCAGGGGCCCUGAAGGCCCAUUUUAGGUGUCAGUAGGUUUGUGGUCAUUUACAAAUUUCUUUGGGAACAUUCACCUUUUUAGUACAUUAUCAUUUGAAAUGUUGACUUGGCUACAUGUCUAUCCAUAGAGAGAGAUUCACAUGCUAAAUAUUCCUAAAUACAUUUGUGUUCUAAGUAAGUAUCACAAACAGUAAGCCCCUGCUGAUAAUCGCCUACAAAUACUUUUUGCCCCGGGGCAUACUACAUGGUCAAACCAGACAUGAUUUUUCAUGUUGAUCUAUGUAGCUAAUGACCUAUUGGCUUAAUGGUUUAUGUAAAUUAAACCAGUUGGUUUCAGAUAAUAUGCAAUAUAUAAUAUGCAAAUUGUUUAAACAAGGAAUUGUUUUACAAUUGUGUACAGAAAGAAAACGAUUAGUGUUUCUUGAUUCCAGUUUAUAAUGUUGGAUAUUGACAUGGAUGACUGUGACAACCAUAAGGUUUA